CACACGCCACAUAGGGUGCCGAGGAUGACACCGUUUGCAACAGUCGCCAAUGCCGAACUUUUUAUGAUUUCAGGGCUUGAGACGGUCAGUUCUGCACUGUCUUUCACCGCCCACCUUUUGGCCAAGCAUCAAGACGUCCAAGACAUACUGAGGGCGGAAGUGAAAUCGCUCCUCGAGAAAGACGGAAAUCUCAACUACGACAACCUCUUCAGCCUGCAGUACUUGAAACAAGUCAUUGCAGAAUCCUCAAGAUUCUAUCCCGCACAGCCAGGAAACGUCACAAGAAGAUGCGUGAAGGACUUCGAAUUCAACGGCUUUCGAAUUCCAAAAGACACGAACCUUGUAGUUCCCGUACGCGUGAUGCACCACGAUCCAAGAUACUGGGUGGACCCCGAGAAAUUCAACCCUGACAGAUUCAGUUCGGAAAACAAGUCGACGAUCGAGCCAAUGGCGUACAUCCCUUUCGGCAUCGGAACUCGCAACUGCCCCGCAUCCCGGCUUGCAGAAUUUGAGCUCUCGCUAAUCAUUGCCAAGACUGUGGCCAAGUUCAAGCUGCAUCUCUGCGACGAACCAGAAAAGAGGACUCUCAACUACAUUGCACCAGUCAUUCUAGCUUACUGCGAGGAGGGAGUUUGGGUGAGGGUGGAAAGAAUAUGAAGCCAUCGGCGUGGAUUAUUCUC